AUGCCUCGUGCGUCGGGCUCGGGCAAGCGACAGCCAGGCGCCGCCGCAGGCAACCACCGCGACUCGAGGCCCGACAAUGGGCUCGUAGGCCCUGGCACACGCGUCUCGGCCAGAAAGAGCCACGGUCACCUCAACGGCUCUGCCAGGUCGCCCGACCUCGCCGCCCCAGCGCCCUCGCCGCCGCCGCCCGCGUCUGCCGCAAUCCCCCCCCUCAACCCAAAGAGACGCCCCGACGAUGCCGCCGUCGCCGCUCCCGCCACAGCCUCGUCUCACUCCUCGGGCCUCGACUGUUUCUCGGGUGAUGCCUCUCGCAGGGACUCGUUCGGCACCUAUUCCGAGGCCUCGUCCGAAUCCUGCCACUCCACCAUGGGCGCAAACGGCAACUCCGGCCUCGUCGACGGCGGCCACCGCCAAAUCGACGUCAAUGCCAUGAAGAACGCCGACGUCCACCGCGACUCUGGCCCCCUCGAGCUCGCUGCAACCGUCGUCAGGUCCCUGCCCAUCCAAGACACCCUCGCCAUCCUCAUCAUCCUCAUGCAUAUCCCAUACUUAUCCCUCACCCUGGUCUAUGCCUGUUUUGCCUCCCUCACCUUUGUCCCGCCCGUCGCCAGCAGAGCCGGCUGGAAUAUCAACUUUGGCGACAUUCUCGACAGCAACUCGCACACGCCUUCGCUCGCGACCGUCAUGUGCAUGGACUUCUUCUUCUUCCUCAUUUGGGUCUUUCUCUGGCCGCCCAUCCAGGAUUCCAUGCUCGAGUUCGCCAAGCCCGUCAUUGCAGUCACGCUCGGCGGCGGCACCAGCACCAAGCAUGGCACCUCGAGAGGCGUCACCGUCUGCUUCACCUGGGUCCUGCUCCACAAGCUAGUCCGUGCCUCCAAGUGCUACUGGCCUCGCCUGGGGCGGCACCUCCCCGACGCAUGGCGCGUGCACGCCGUCUUCAACACUGCGCUUCCCACAGUGACAACCACGACCACGAAUGCCGCGUCUGCCGCCAUGUCCGCCCCGUACGAUAAGAGAGAUACGCACGGCUGGAUUCAAAGCAUCCUCGCCAUCCACAUCCUGACCCAAGGCAUCGUGAGAUAUAUUCGGGAAUGGUACCUCAGGCGUGAAAGAUUCCACGCGGCGGCCGCAACGGGUGACCCGGAGGCGGCGAAGCCUUCUACGGCGACCGGCGGGGGCGCAUCGAAUACCGCAACUGCACCCCCCACUGGCGAUUCGGCCCACGACACCAACCCGAUCGCUCCCGACACAGAAGCUGGUCCUCCCCCGGCAUCUUCUCAUCCAGUGGCCAUGACGAAGAAGAAGAGGAAACAGAGCGCCCAAGUCCGCCUGCAACAGCCGCUCUGGGCGGCCCUUGCCAGCACCAAGAUUGUGGCCAUGAAGGAAAUUGAGCUUUCCAGCUGGGGCAGCGGGAGCUCCGACAAACGAGACAUCCAUAACUCUGGAAAUACCCCGUCCUUCAACCGGCAGCCCAAAAAAAUAUGGAUUUCGUACAUUGGUAGCGACGAGGUUUGCUUCAGCACCAGCCGCUUCCCGGACCCCGACGAAGAGUCGCCUCAGCUAUCCAAGGCCAGCAGUCAAGGUACCCGACCCGCGGGUGUGGACACUUCGAAACCGUUCUACGUUCGGAUCAACAAUGCUUUUUGGCAACCCACGCGCAUAUUCCCUGUCGACGAGUCGGAUGAGGGGGGCUCCCAAGGGCUCAGAUGGACCGGCGAUAUUUACGGCUUGCGCCCUGCAUCCAAGUACGUUUGCGAGUUUGUGGAUGCCCGGACCGACCAGGUCCUGUUCACGACCAGCAUCCGCACGGUCAAGGAGCCCCUUCGUGACCACGAUGCCCUCUCGUCCGGCCUGCCCAACGGCCAGCAGCCUCUCCGUCCCGACUCGCCCGCCACCACGCUCCGAACCUCGAUUGCCGCCGCCGAGGCUAAGCUUGCCGACGAGAAGAACCGGCUCAAGAUGUGGCGCAAGGAAUGGAAGAUCCGCAUCAACACGCUGAAGAAGGAAAACGAGCUCGCCGAUAAUCAGCUCGCCUCUGCCGGGAACAGUGACGAAAAGUACAAGCAAAAGAUUCGACAGCAGGAGACGCAAAAGGCCCAAGCCGAACGAGACACGCAGCGUCUCGCCGAACAGCUCAAGAACUGCGACGCCACACCCGAGCUCACGGAGCGCAAGAAGAAGGCGGAACGAGCCUACUCUGCCGAGAAGAAGGUUUUUGAUGCCGCGCAGAAGGAGCUCAGGGAACACAAAUCGCGGCUGGAAGGCGAGGUCAAGGCGAAGGAAGUGGAACAGUCAAAUCUCAAUACCCGACGUAACAAGGUAGCCACUCGCAUUGCCAAGGUCGAAAACGAGCUCGCCAAUAUCGCCGACGCCAACACCAGAGGGCUCGACGAGGUGGAACGUCGCAGACAGGAGAGAAGCACGUGGCUGGAGCAAAUGGCCGAGAUUGAGCACAAUUACGUUGAGCGGCUCGGGCAGGUCAUUGCCGCGAACAACGGGCGGAGGGAGCACCUGCGCAGUCUUCAGACGCAGCGCCAAGCCAUGCAAGGCUUCCUCAACCCUGCCAACGGCAUGGGCCUCGACGUGAACCCUGCCAUGGUGACCGAAACGGGCCAUGCGUCGUUUCAGCGACCAAACCCAUGGAAUCCCACCCCGAUGGCCCCGGCGCACUAUCCAGCGGGUCUUUGGGCGACCUCUUCCAGCGACAUGCACCCCUCCCCACGCGGCCCGAGGGCUCGAGGCCGGAGCUCGAGCAUGCUCAGCGACAUCAGCGGCUUCACGCAGGCCAGCGACGACGGUUCGAGGUCGCCUCCCGCCGCGGUACGCCACCGCCCUCGGCCUGCUUUUGGCCGUAGGAACGGCGCGAGCGGAAGCAGCGGUAGCAGCGGGGGUGGGAGCGUGGGUGAUUCGACGAGCCCGGCUUGA